UUACAGUUCUUUCUGCUACACCGUAUCAUCUCCCGGGAGGGAGAGAUAGAGAUAGGUAGAUAGCCCUCUCUCUAGCUGAAUCAGACCAACUGCUUCAAUGGCCGUUGUAACAUCCACUACUUCCCAGCCUGCUAACCUGCGCACCCACCUCAAUGCUAGCCUUCACACCCUUCCAGCUCUCUCCUACAAAUCCCUUCACCCAAAGAGGGUUUCCACAAGAGGAGGAGGAAAAAGAAGCCAUGGAAAUGGGGUUGUGGUGUUGGUUAGGGCUUACAUGGAGAAACCCAAUUCAGCAUCGAGCUUUGCAAGCAAGGUGAUUGGGUCUCUCCCCAUAAUCGGCCUUUUCGCGAGGAUUUUCAGUGACGAGGGAGGCGUUGGUGGCGAUAUUAUCGAUUUCGCUGAGUUCCGGAGGCGGGUGGGGAAGAAAUGCAGCGUCACUGACUCCAGGGCAUUUUACGAGUUCCAGGACCGGCGGGGUCGGGCAGGGGAUCCUCUAUAUGUACUUCUAUGCUGUUGGUUGGCUGCUGUUGGUGCUGGUCUUGUGAAGUCGGAGGAUAUUCUUGAAGGGGCAGCCAGGCUUCGCAUCUCCAAUGACAUUGAAUUUGAAGAGCAGAGUUUUUUUGCUAUCAUGGCCGAGGCAAAAGAGAGGCGGCUGAAGCUGAAUGUUGCAAUCCCAGAAAUUCCAAUGGAGAUUCGGGCGGAGAAGGCUCUUGAAGCAAUCUACGUCUGUUGCUUCAGUAAGGAUCCUAUAGAAGAAGAGGAUGAAAGGUUGCUUCGAAUCAUUCUUAAUGCAGUUUUCCCUUCGGUUGGGCAAUCUGAGAUAGAGAGGAUGGUUGGCACCAAAGCAAAGCAAAUUGCUGAUGGUGAGAUGGAAAACAUACCCGAGCCAAAGUCUAUAUCUAAAGAAGCCGUGCAGAUGCAAAUGAAGGAUCUCCAGUUCUUGAAACAGAACAGUGAAACUUAAGCUGAUAUACUUCUCUGUUGUAAGUGUGAAAAGCUUUGUUGUUGUUGUUGUUCUUCUUCUUC